AUGGGUGAAGCACCACCUCAGGAGAAGGAAUAUAUCCUCGUUCUCCUUCCGUAUGCUCAUGAUGACAAGGUGACAAGCAUCAUUGACAGCAUUCGACGCAAACACCACCAUGUCGAAAUCGAAUACCACAACAUUGCCUUCACAGGCAUGACUGCUCCUGAUUUGACCUCCAUUCCUGAAAACUCAUGGAAGAAGUCUACGAUCCUCGUGACUUUCAACUCCCUUCCACCCUCGCUCAAACUCAUCCCGAACCUCAAACUCCUACACCUCUUCAGCGCUGGCGCAAACCACAUUUUCCAAACUCCCAUCUGGAAAGACACAGAGAUAACCAUCACCAACUCCUCUGGCGUUCACAGCCCCCAGAUAGCAGAAUGGGUCAUGCUGCAAAUCCUCUCGCACUCCCACCAGGAGAAGAUCCUGCUUCAGUGGCAGAAAGAGCAUAAGUGGGGAGCCCACUCUGAGCUCAACUUCGUCCGAGACGGUGUCGGUCAGCGGUUGGGUGUCCUUGGAUAUGGAGCUAUUGGACGUCAAACCGCACGAAUCUGUAGCGCCCUAGGAAUGGACGUAAUAGCCUAUACGGCCUCACCACGACCCACUCCAGACAGUAAGAAAGACCGCGGAUAUAUCGUCCCAGGCACAGGCGAUGAAUAUGGCCGCAUCCCAAGCGAGUGGUACUCUGGCUUGGACAAAGCCUCCCUUCACAACUUCCUCAAGCAAGAUAUCGAUAUCCUGCUCAUCGCCGUGCCCCUCACGCCUGCAACGACGCAUUUCCUCGGCGCGGAGGAACUCGCUAUCCUAGGCAAGCGCAAUGCAUUUGUCGUGAAUAUUGCACGUGGCGCUAUCCUUAAACAGGAUGACUUGAUUGCUGCGUUGAAGAAACCGGUUGAGAAGGGCGGGCUGAGAGGUGCUGCGCUGGAUGUUACGGAUCCGGAGCCUUUGCCGAAGGAUAGUGAGUUGUGGGAUUUGGAGAAUGUAGUUAUUACUCCGCAUAUUAGCGGAGGAUUGGGGACUAUGUAUAUAGAUAGGAGCUUUGCCAUCUUGGAGAGGAAUUUGGGGAAUUUGGAGCGGGGGAAGAAGUUAUUGAAUGUGGUUAACAGGGGAAAGGGGUAUUGA